UUUCUUCGUCAAAUAAAGAAACUCACCAAAGAAACGCAAUUCUCUCGGAAUAGCAAAUCACACCCGACCAAUAUAUAUCUUGUACUGGCAAAGAAGUUUAUGAAUGCUAGGAGGCACUACUACUGCACAGAUUAAUCAUGAGUCUUCCACAAACUGCAACUAGCCCUCCUCCACAUCUGUAUCCACAGGAACUUCAGCUUAAGCUUUACCAAGCCUUCAUAUUCUCAAUUCCAAUACUCUUCUCCAUCAUUCUCUUCCUCUUGUUUUACUUGUUCUACCUUAAGAGAAGGGCUUCCUCUCUAUCUUCCUCUUCUCACUUGCUUCCAAGGACCAUUGCCAAUCCACCAACCACCACUCCGUAUCAUUCCUCACCUUGUCGUUUGGAUCUGACCCUCCAAUUCCUGGAUAAACUUCCAAGAAUUUUAUUUGAUGAGGAUUUGCUGGCAAGGGAUUCACUAUGUUGUGUUUGUCUGGGGGAAUUUGAGCUGAAGGAAGAGGUGCUACAGAUACCCUAUUGCAAGCACGUGUUCCACUUCGAAUGCAUACAUCACUGGCUGCAAUCAAACUCCACUUGUCCACUUUGUAGAUGUUCCAUCAUCCCCACUACCAAGUUCCUCAACCCAGCACCCCCUAUUAAUAUUAUAUCAUCAGACCCACCCCAGCAUGGUGCUAUCAUUUCGGACUCCCCAUUACAAUUGCCACCUCAGCCACAAGACCAUCAAGAAGAAGUUGUUGGUGCUUCCUCAAAUGCUGCUAAUUUGUCAAGGGAAUGAUACACAUUAAUUAAUUAGCUUGAUUGAAAUAAUGGUCAUUAAUUAAUUUGAAGAGAGUAUUCAGCUACACAUCAAGAUUAUGGAGUAGUUGUCUACAUUUUAUGAUAUGAAAUUUUGGUUUUGCCCUUUUAUUUCUACUUUAGAAUAUUCAGCAAGUUUGUCGAAUGUACUAUAACACAGCUUCGAUCUCUUGUCAAUUGUCAUGACCUUUCUGGAUUGGCUAUUCAAUAACCCCAAUUGCAACAACUUGUGAUUUUUCUUUUGCAAGAUAAGGGAAAGUGUAAAAGUACAUUGAGAUUAGCUAGCGAUAAAAAGGCAUCAAGUGUAUCAUUCAGUACUC